GGUUUUGAGAAAUACUUUACGAGGAAAACUACAGUCACACAGAGCAGUCUGCUGAAGCAAGUCCAAAAGGAAGAACUUAUUUAUCUGAAGACUGGAGAUGCCCGGAUUGUAUGAGAAGCUGACAUUUGUGGCAGGAGUGGCUCUGGCCGUCUUAGCCUCAGUGAGGUCGUCACCAGUGGUGGGACCGGAGCCCAUCCGUUGCGCCCCCUGCUCAGAGGAGAAACUGAACAGCUGUCCCGCCAUCCCGGCAGACUGCAAGCAGGUGCUGAGGGAGCCCGGUUGCGGCUGCUGCAUGGCAUGUGCUCUGGAGAGAGGGGCUUCAUGCGGAAUUCACACAGCCCACUGCGGCGAGGGUCUCCGCUGCACCGCCAGACCCGGCGAGGCCAGACCUCUCCAUGCUUUGACCAGGGGACAGGGGGUCUGCACCGAGGACCUGGGCCAAGUGGAAACCGAAGGAGUCCCAGACCACGACUCCCUGCACUACCUGCUGGGUCUCAACCUUCCCUUUGACCACCAAGAACAUGCUGAGGGCCAGGAGAGCAUCAAGGCCAAGGUCAACGCCAUCCGCAACAAACUGGCACAUGAGGGACCUUGUCACAUUGAGCUGCACAGUGCACUGGACAUAAUAGCCAGCUCUCAGCAGAAACUAGGAGAGAAGUUCACAACUUUCUACCUCCCCAACUGUGACAAACACGGUUUCUACAAAGCGAAGCAGUGUGAGUCAUCUCUGGUCGGACCGCCUGCUCGCUGCUGGUGUGUCUCUUCCUGGAAUGGGAAGAGGAUCCCAGGAUCCAGUGACCUGCUCAGUGAUUCAGAGUGUCAUCAAGAAGUCACACACUGAGGGACAGGCAGUGUUAUCAAUCAGAAACACACUUACACACCCACACACCAGAUGCAUAUAAACACACACAGAUACAAGCAAACAUGUUUCUUGAACUGAACUGACUUCCUUUUACAAACACACUUAUUCAUUUUAUUUACAUGAUGUAUGUAUCAAGACUUAUUUAUUCACUACUUGUAUAUUCUUCCUGGCAUUAACCAUUUGUCGUUUUUAGAUUUUUUAUAUGUUUGCCUAUUUUUUUUUUCAAUUGUAAAUAGGGCAACACUGUAUACAUUUGUGUUUCUGACUAAAUAACUCCAUUGCUCAAAACCACAGGUCCACAGCUAUGCCAAGCCCAUUUCAGAGUCUUCAGGAUCAGGUUUUUUUUCCCCUCUUAAUUCAUUCAAAACUGGAGCUGUGCAUGGCACGAAACAACACAGCCGUUCAUUCAUUCAACAUGUUGACAUUGUCUGAAUGUAUCUCCAUUGGCGUUUCCUCAAUGGUUAUUGGGGGAAAUACUUAAAGUGCCGCAAGUAUGUGCACAGUGGCCAAGCACAAACAUAUCAGGGCUCAUCCAAGCCACCAUGAGGUUAGGGAUGGGUUCUUCUGCAUUUGUCUACCUCUACUAGUCUCUGCAGGUCCACAGGUUUAGCAGAGGGCUCUUCUCAGCUACAUAUCUCUCACCUUUCCUAUUUGUCCAGAGGGGUCACUGUGGUCUUUUUAUUUUUUGACCUAUUUCAGCUUCUAUUUCAGUAUUUAUUAUGAUUCAUUUGUGUUUAUGCUUUUGUUUGUUCUUGAGGUCACAUGCAGUGAGCCAAAUUGUUUGGGAAUGCUAUUUGCCAGGAAUGCUGCUAUUCCAUUAUUGGUUUUGUUGAAACAUUGUAUGUAGUCUACUAAUUCUGUGGAUGUGCAUCCAAUUAAGUAUUAAAUUAUUUCAUCAUGAUGGCA